AUCUCUACUGGAGUCCAUGGGUCGGACCUUUCAUCUUCCACUCUCAAUCAGUCGUCUUUGGAUGUACGACCUGCGUUUUCGGCUGGCCUCCAAAUGUUGCUUCCAGGUUGCUUAACGCCUCCGUCGACUGACGAAUUCGGUGAUGUAGAAAAAGAACUUGCUAUCCUGGAAGCGAAGGGAAAUGAAAGGCAAACUAAGACAGAGACAGGAAGACAGGAAGAGUUCCAAUCCUCAAAAACUCAUCUGAAACCCGUCGACUCACCUAAGCUUCAUCUUGUUUCAUCAGUCUGUCCACUUAGCUGUUUAUCACCUAUUGUUUCGGUCACUGGCUUGAGCUGCCUUAAUUUUCCCCCCAGUACCUCCUUCUCGGGCUUUCCUUCUUCCAAAACAUGCGAUUCAGCCGAUUUUAUCAGCUCCAUCACUUCUCGAGAAUCUACUUCUCUAGACUCAUCAGCCAACUUACCUCCAGCCACACAAUGCUCCCUGUCGCCCCUCUCUCUUGCACUUCCUUCUCUGAUUGGGACUCCAGAUUCCACUUUUGACGCCAAGAAACUCACCCAAAAUAGUUUCGGUUUAGAUGCUCAGAUGGCGGCUGCAGAAAUGGACAGACAAGGGAAAUAUUCUUCUGAAUCUAUUAUGUGA